CUGUGAGUCACGGUCAUACAUUCUUGUUCUGGGUUUUGGAAAUAAAAUUAGGAGCUGAGGAUGAGGAUGUUCGAAAGAAAAGUUCUUGUGUUUCUGCUUUUGAGGCUUAUUUCCACCUUUGCACAAUUAACUGAUGAGCCACAGCUUUCGACUGGAACCACACCUGACACACCAGGAGCAAUAGACCCUGAAAUAGAACACAUUUUCACAGGACCAGUGGCAGCAGUCAUUAUUUAUGCUGUGGUAUGUGGUGUCAUCGGUACCAUCCUCUUCAUUGCUUUGGUCAUAAAAGUGGUAAAGAAAAAAUCCUUCAAUGUCCAGCCCACAACAUCAGAAGACCCAAACUCUCUAAGUUCUGUUGAAACAAAAAAUCCAGAGAAGUAAAUGACAAAAGAUACUUUAAUAAAUAUCCAAGGAAGAACUCAGCUAGGAUAAUGUGGCUGAUUCUGUUGGAAAUUGGAAGACUGACUGGAAAAGUUUGGUGUUUACUUGACCCUAUGGAUACAUGACCUGCUUCAUCUGAGCCAGACAAUUGGACCUGUCCCUUAUGGCUGAAUGUCUGUUUGAUCUUUGUGUUAUUUAGAGAAUACAUAGUUUACCUUGUUAAAAAAAAAAUGAAUUCAAACUUUAGUGUAUUGAUUCCCAUAAUGCAAUGUUAUCCUAGGGGGCAAGGGUGGGAAGAUAAGGGUAAAAUUACAGCAUGAUCAUAGUGAUGAGUGUCACAGAUCUACCUUUUUUUUUUUAAUGUCCUCUUACAAAAUUGGUAAAACUAUGUGGUUCAUUUCCUGUCACUUUUUAAUGAUGAGGAAUCCCAUGAAUGCCCACAUUGGGGGAAAGAAAGUCCCAUGGAAACUUCUGUUUUUGCAUUCCCUGUUCUAAAUACAUAUCAAAUCUCAACUUUAUCCUGGUGUUACAUUAAUAAAUUUACUCAUUCUAUAUUUUUAAUGAAAUAAAAUAGAACAGUAAUAAAAUGCCAAAGGAAUCUG